AUGGCGCCAUCAGAAUACUCAGCCAAGAAGCAACGAAAGCGCAGUGACUAUGGCUACCAUCAAGUCCACCAAACAAGAUGGUUCGACAAUGACAUGUACGCUCACCUGAAUAACGCAGUCUACACCCACCUCUUCGACACAAUUGCAAAUACCUACCUAAUCGAACACUGCGGCAUGGACCCCUUCAGCGUGAACAACCCGACACCGAAAGCAGCACAGCCCCAACCAGGCCAGCCGUCAGCCAUCGCAGCAGGCGCAGACCAAAUUGGUCUAAUCGUUUCCACACAAGCUGAUUUCUUUGCAUCCGUGCGCUUCCCGGAUUUGCUCGAAGUUGGACUGCGUGUGAACAAGCUCAGCAAUUCGAGUGUGACGUGGGAAGUGGGUAUCUUUAAGAAGGGCGAAGAGGGCGUUAAGAUGGUUGGAACCUAUACGCAUGUGUUCGUGCUGAGAGAGACCAUGCGUGUUGGGAAGGGGGGGUAUGGAGGGCCGAGUUCGAGAGGGGUUGGAGAAGCUGCUUGUUCAGGAGGGGGCGAAGUUGUGAGGUGA